AUGAUCCCCCCGCUGAGACAUAUAACUCUAAUUGGGCUGGCCUUCCAGAUAAACAAUCACCAACUCAUUCAGACAUUUUUGGACAAGAUUACAUUCAGAAAGCCAAACUGCGCACAAUACGACACCUACUUCUCCAGAGGAUACACGGUCAACAACAACAUGUGGGGAAAGGUCUCUGGCACCGGGUCCCAGUGUACCUAUGUUGACAAAAUCUCGGGUGAUGGUGCUUCGUGGCACGUCAAAUGGAAUUGGUCUGGCGGUGAUUACUCUGUCAAGAGCUACCCGAACUCUGGAGUAGAGCUUCAGAAGAAGCAUGCCAAAGAUAUUUCGAGCAUUCCCACGUCCACCAAACGGAACUAUGACAAUACCAACAUCAACGCCGAUGUUGCGUAUGAUCUCUUCACCGCAGCCAAUAUCAACCAUGUCACUUACAGCGAUCUAUGGAACGGCAUGAAUGGCAACAUAAACGUGUGCAGUUUCGUUGCCUCUUCCCCCGUCACAUCUUUCGCUAGGGAUAUCAAGGACUUCUUCUCCCAUCUGUACCUCAUCACCUUGCAAUUCAGCACUACACCUUUCACAGGUGCUCAGAGCACAUUUACGGUCUCGCAAUGGUCCGCCAAGUUUGUGUAA